AUGCCUGGAGGGUACUUCCAAACUGAAGAUGUCGUCAUUGGUGCCAUUACUUCACUUUUUGUUAUGGCUACAGAGAAGCCUGAUUUCAAAGAAAACCCCAUUCUUGCAUCUAUUGAUGAAGAUGAACCUCUGGUCCACACUAAGCAUUACCAACAUGUAUUGGCAUUCAUAUUUGCUGUAAAAGACAUUAAUGAAAAUCUCCAGGUUUUGCCCAAUAUCACUUUGGGUUUCAAAAUCCAUGACAAAUAUAGUGGUAAAUGGACCUAUCAUACCACCAUGGAACUUUUUUCCCCUGUAAACAGAUUGGUUCCCAAUUAUAAGUGUGGUACCAAGAACAACCUUAUUUCUGUCAUUGGGGCUCUGUAUCCUGAAAUCUCUCUUGAUAUGUCUCAUAUUUUGGCAAUGUACAAAGUUCCACAGUUUGUGUAUAGCUCCCUUCCAAAAAUGGAGAAGAAAAUCCAGAUCACCUCUCUCUAUGAAAUGGUCCCAAAUCAGGAAUAUCAGAACAAAGGGAUUCUUCUGCUAUUAUUGUAUUUCAAAUGGACCUGGAUCGGGGUUCUGGUUAAAGAAGAUGAGAGAGAAGGAUUUCAGCAAAACAUACUCUCCAAGUUUUCUGACUCUGAAAUUUGUGUUGAAUUCUUAGAAAAACUUAAGCCUUUUCACAUCAGCGCUAUUUUUAAUGGAAUGAAACACUUUUGUGAAUUGUAUGAUAUUAUCAUGAACAGCAAAGCCAAUACAGUGAUAGUCUAUGAACAAAAUGUUUUACUUUUGAGGGUGUUGUUAUAUUUACCUCAUAUGGAAGAAGUACUUACAAAACCUAAAGCUAAAGUAUGGAUUCUGGUCUCUGAACUGGAUCUUGCUUCCUUCACAUUUCAAAAGGGAUGGGAUAUGCAAGGCCUCCAUGGUGCUCUAUCCUUUGUUGCUUACUCCAAUGAAGUUCCAGGAUUUCAAACUUUCCUUCAAAAUAGGGAUCAUUUAUUCAUAAAAGAAGAUUUAUUUGUGAGAGAAGUGUGGGAACAAGCAUUUGGUUGUGAUUAUCCCUCAUCUAGGAUUGAAGAAGGUACUUGCACUGGGAAAGAGAGAUUGGAGAGCCUUCCAGCAACUCUUUUUGAAAUGAGCAUGACUGGCCAUAGUUACAGUAUAUACAAUUCAGUCUCUGCUGUUGGAUAUGCUCUACAUGACAUGCAGUUAAGUCUACAAAAAUAUAGAAUGCUAAAGAAGGGAGGAAAAUUGCAAAAUCAGCAACCAUGGCAGACUAUACCCACUUCUAUUUGUUCUGAGAGGUGCCAUCCUGGUUAUUUCAAGCAAAAGCAAGAGGAGAAGCCACCUUGCUGCUAUGACUGUAUCUUAUGUCCUGAAGGGAAACUGUCAAACAAGAUUAAUGCUAAAUACUGUUCAGGAUGCCCAGAAGAUCAAUAUGCAAGCAAAGACAAAAUUUCAUGUAUUCCUAAGAUAGUAACUUCCUUGACUUAUGAAGAACCUUUGGGCCUUGCUUUAACUAUUGUGGCCAUCUCCUUUUGUUUAUUCACAGCUGUGAUUUUUGGAAUUUUUUUGAAAAAUCACCACACCCCAAUCGUCAAAGCAAACAACCGAGAUCUCACCUACACUCUUCUCAUUUCUCUUCAGCUCUGCUUCCUUUGUGCAUUGCAGUUCCUUUUUAGACCUGGGGCUAUAAUAUGCCUCUUUCGACAAAUCACUUUUGGACUCAUCUUCUCAGUGGCUGUAUCAUGUGUCUUGGCCAAAACCAUCAUUGUGGUUUUAGCUUUCCUUGCCACCAAGCCAGGAUCCAGGAUGAAAAAAUGGGUAGGGAAACAAUUAGCAACCACCAUUGUACUUUCUUGCUCUCUUGUCCAAGCAGUCAUUUGUAUAUUGUGGCUGGCAAAAGCUCCCCCCUUUCCAGAAGCUGAUAUGAUUACAGUCACUGAAGAAAUUAUAUUAGAAUGCAAUGAAGGAUCAGUCUGCAUGUUUUAUUGCAUCCUGGGCUAUAUGGGUUUCCUGGCGGUGGCCAGUUUUAUAGUGGCUUUUCUGGCUAGGAACCUCCCCAGCACUUUCAAUGAAGCCAAACUAAUCACUUUCAGCAUGUUGGUCUUUUGCAGUGUGUGGUUAGCUUUCAUUCCAGCCUAUUUGAGCACAAAAGGAAAAUAUGUGGUAGCUGUGGAGAUUUUUUCUAUCCUAGCCUCUAGUGCUGGGUUACUCAGUUGCAUAUUUUUCCCGAAAUGCUACAUAAUUCUCUUGAAACCUGAGUUAAACCACAAGGAACUCCUCACACAGAAAAAAACAUUAACAAACCAUGUAUUUCAUUUAAGUUAA